CUUGCAAUUGAUUUCCUUUGACUGCCCAGGGACAGGGAAGAGAACGUUUAGAGUAAGAAGAUGCGUUAAGUUUGGAGGCCGGUCUUCGCACUUGAAACUGGUCAUUUUGAAAGCAAUACAAAGCUUUGGGUUGUGUGCCCCACCCCCACGCCCCCUUGAAUGGGAAGAUCGGGAUUUUGUGGGACCUGAAUCUUCAGGGGCAGGGACUGAAAGCCCUGGAGGCGAACGGGACGGAGGAGAGGGGCUUCCCGGAGCAUGGCUAGCCGGCGAGCUGGGAUUCUCCAGGGCUCGAGCGCACUGAGGUUCCGUGCCCGGGGCUGCGGCUGCGGACGACCCAGGCGCUAGCCGGCUCAUGAAGGCCACCUGGAUCCGGCUUCUGAAAAGAGCCAGGGGCGGAAGGCUGAAGAACUCCGACGCCUGUGGUUCAGCAGACUCCUACACCAGCCGCCCAUCGGAUUCUGAUGUGUCUUUGGAAGAGGACCGGGAGGCGGUGCGCAGAGAAGCCGAGCGGCAAGCCCAGGCCCAGCUGGAAAAGGCCAAGACAAAACCCGUUGCAUUUGCAGUUCGGACCAAUGUCAGCUACAGUGCAGCCCAUGAAGAUGACGUCCCCGUGCCUGGCAUGGCCAUCUCCUUUGAGACGAAAGACUUUCUGCAUGUUAAGGAAAAAUUUAAUAAUGACUGGUGGAUAGGAAGAUUGGUAAAAGAAGGCUGUGAAAUUGGAUUCAUUCCAAGCCCGGUCAAAAUAGAAAACAUGAGGCUACAACAUGAACAGAGAGCCAAGCAAGGAAAAUUCUAUUCCAGUAAAUCAGGAGGAAAUUCAUCGUCCAGUUUGGGUGACGUAGUACCUAGUUCCCGGAGAUCUACGCCACCAUCAUCUGCUAUAGACAUAGAUGCUACUGGCUUAGAUGCAGAAGAAAAUGAUAUUCCAGCAAACCACCGCUCCCCUAAACCCAGUGCAAACAGUGUAACGUCACCCCACUCCAAAGAGAAAAGAAUGCCCUUCUUUAAGAAGACAGAGCACACUCCUCCAUAUGAUGUGGUCCCGUCCAUGCGGCCAGUGGUACUGGUGGGCCCUUCUCUAAAGGGCUAUGAGGUCACAGAUAUGAUGCAAAAAGCAUUGUUUGAUUUUUUAAAACACAGAUUCGAAGGGCGGAUAUCUAUCACAAGGGUCACUGCUGACAUCUCUCUCGCCAAACGCUCAGUAUUAAACAAUCCCAGUAAGCAUGCAAUAAUAGAAAGGUCGAACACAAGGUCAAGCUUAGCGGAAGUUCAGAGUGAAAUUGAAAGGAUCUUUGAGCUGGCAAGAACCCUGCAGUUGGUAGUCCUCGAUGCAGAUACUAUUAACCACCCCGCUCAGCUCAGUAAAACCUCCUUGGCCCCUAUCACGGUGUACGUGAAGAUCUCGUCUCCCAAGGUGUUACAGAGGUUAAUAAAAUCUCGAGGGAAGUCACAAGCUAAACACCUCAAUGUCCAGAUGGUAGCAGCUGAUAAACUAGCUCAGUGUCCUCCGCAGGAAUCAUUUGAUGUGAUUUUGGAUGAGAACCAGCUGGAGGAUGCCUGUGAACACCUGGCUGACUACCUGGAGGCCUACUGGAAGGCCACCCAUCCGCCCAGCAGCAGCCAACCCAACCCACUCCUCAGUCGCACCUUGGCCACCGCACCUCUGCCUAUGAGCCCCACCCUUGCCUCGAAUUCACAGGGUUCUCAAGGCAAUCAAAGGAUUGAUCGUUCUGCUCCUGUCCGUUCCGGGUCCCAAGCUGAAGAACCUUGCCUCGAACCAGUCAAAAAAUCCCAGCACCGCCCUUCCUCCUCAGCCCCACACCACAACCACCGCGGUGGGACAAGUCGAGGCCUCUCCAGACAAGAGACGUUCGAUUCUGAAACCCAGGAGAGCCGAGACUCUGCCUACGUGGAGCCCAGGGAAGAGUACUCCCAUGACCAUGUUGACCACUGUGCUCCCCACCGUGACCACAGCCACAGAGACGAGAGCCACGGAGGCAAUGACCACAGACACAGGGAGCCUCGCCACCGCCCAAGGGACAUGGACCGAGAGCAGGACCACAACGAGUGCAACAAGCAACGAAGCCGUCACAAAUCCAAGGAUCGCUACUGUGACAAGGAUGGAGAAGUAAUAUCAAAAAAAAGGAAUGAGGCUGGGGAGUGGAGUCGGGAUGUUUACAUCCGCCCGUGACCCUUUGUGCACCGCCCCGUCUCGUGUAACAGCACCCUCAAGAAAAAUCUCUGGGGUCAACAUUGCAAUCAUGUCAUCUGUCUUGUAUGUUCUGCGUUGCUGUUGCUUCAAUAGCAAUAGCAUGCAAGAGUACUAACAUAUAUUAUUUUCUUUGGUAUUAUCUACACUGGCCGGGUACAGAUGUAAUCCCUCCUACUGGACAUUUCAAAAAACUUGUGGGUAGUUGCCACCUGAUUAAAGUGGCUUAAGAAAUGUAGCUAAUGUAUCCCGCAAGCCAGAUACAGCACAGAUUUUAAAAAGUGGAAUUUCUUAUUUCUCCAGAUUUUUAAUACCCAGAUACCCGACUGACAUAUUCAUUCAUCCAUGGACCACGUUUCUUGCUUGUACCUCUGGCUGACUAAAUUUGGGGACAGAUUCAGUCUUGCCUUACACAAAGGGGAUCAUAAAAUUAGAAUCUAUUUUCUAUGUACUAGUACUGUGUACUGUAUAGACAGUUUGUAAAUGUUAUUUCUGCAAACACCUUAUUAUAAUUAUAUAUAAUAUAUACAUAAUAUAUAUAUAUAUAUCAGUUUGAUCACACUAUUUUAGGGUCUUAAUGCCAAGUCAGCAGAUUUGCUUUAUGAAUCACAGGGACUAGAAAUGUCCACAUUCAGGAACUUUGUAAUACCGUUGUGUAGACAGACACCUAUCCUAUUCUAACAGAAAGUCUCUAUACACACUGUAAAUAUGUGUGACUGCUAGACCUGAGGUUUGAUUUCUGAAUGUUAUACCAUCCUUGUAAGUUUAUAAUUUUAACCAUAAAUUAUGGUAAAUAUAACCAAACUCCAGAGAUUGUUCUAUUCCAUACAGUCUACACUGAUUGUGACAAACACGUUCUUAGCAGCUAGUGUCUGUUAUAGUCACUGCACUGGAGUAUUCGAGCCAGAACCCACUGUGUGCACAGGUAUGUGUGUGUGUCUGUGAGCAUGUGUGGGGCUGAGGUGAAGUGAAACGCUGAAGACUAAUGAGAAACCCAAGGCCAAUGUCUAGACUGCUGCCCAUCUGGCUUUGGAGUUAACUGUGCUCUGCGUCGCUAUCAGGGACUGUUUGGAAGCUUGCUGCCAAAGGUAACCAGGAAAGCAUUCCUCUGCUGGCUCCUUAUUUUCACUCCUACAAAGUGAAAACAUAGGUAUCUUGUACUGUGAGUGUUUCACUGGAAAUGUACAAUCUUGGUGUGUUAGAGUAUCUGUUUUAGUAAGAAAUGUUUACACAGCUUGUAGAACUAUUUCAUAGGAAAAUAAAUUUUUAUAACUUCUCCCACUUCAUUUUCUAACCUGGCCUACUAUUCCUGUUGCUUAUCUCCCAGUUACCUCCUGUUCCUCCCCACCCCUCCCCACCAACUUGAAUAGUUGCUUUGUCAGAACCCAGAAGUGCUUCUUAUAAACCAAAGUUUCUCUCUUCAGAAGUUAUCAGGGCAAAAUGGGGUAACUUGAAGUGAAAAGAAAAUUACAAGUACUUUCCUACAAGAGACAUCUAUCUGCUCUCAAGGAAGCCUAGAAGCACUAGUUCCAGCUUCCGCUUACACUGCUGCAAGAAGCUUAAUGUGAUGCUAAGGCUGGAACCUUCCAUAUGUCUCCUAAGUGUCCUGUUAACUGGAUAAGAAAAACGGUAUUAGGUGUGCAAGUCUCUAGCACUUCAAGCUUACUACAGGAAAAUGUUGAUCUGUGAUGCCUAACUUCAGAUUUAUUACUGAAACAAUAGCAGGUAUAAAAAUCUGUUUAUUGUUUUGCUUCCUAAUUAUUGCAGAUUAUUGCCAAAUAUCCUCAGGCAUUUAUAAGUAAAGCUGCUUUACAUUUAAUUAUUUUUCCUAGACCCAAGAAAACUCAAGAGUUUAAAAAAAUGAGUUACAAUCGGACUUGAUAGCACAAGCCUUUAAUCCCAGCACUCAGAAAGCUGAGGUAGAAGCAUCACUGUGAAUCUGAGGCCGGCCUGGCCUACCAAGUGAAUUCAGUUCUGCCUGGAUUAGAGUGAGACCCCGCCUCAAAAUAAAUAAAUCAAAAAAGGAGUUACAUAUCCUAUUUUACCAAGGGUUUAUCAGCUAAUAAAAAAUGAUAUUCAGAAUCAAGCUAUUAACUUUAUACUAUAGAACUGAUUUGUAGAAUAAAACAGUAAUCAUUACAUAUUAAUUUUUUUGUUGUUGUUUUUUCGAGUUAGGGUCUCAUUCUAGUGCAGACUGACCUAGAACUGAUUUGUAGAAUACAACAGUAAUCAUUACAUAUUAAUUUUUUUGUUGUUGUUUUUUCGA